AAUUAUUUCAUUAAAUGAGUACUCCAAAAGCUAUCAAUAAACCAACUCUUUAAACUUAAAAAUCUUCUAAGCCCUCUUAAUUUGCUCCAAAAACUGGUUCUCCAAACUCUUCUUAACUAAUCAAAAGUAUUUAAAGUUCAAAUAUCUUAUUAGCACAAUAAUCCAAUAGUAUACAUAUUAAAAGUCCAAUAGCUAAAACAGAGAGAGCAAGGACUUUUAAUUUUAGUGAAACAGAAUCUAAACCAGAACUUAAAAAAUGGGAUGUCGUUGGUAAAAUUGAAAAAUCAAUCAAUAUUCUCAGAAAAACUAGAGGAUAGAUUGAUUUCUCAUUUUAGAUUAAAGUUGAAGAAAUAAUUAAUGAUAUGAUGAACAUAUGUGGAAUUGAUGAAAAAGUCUCUAAAUUGUUUCUUUAAAUCAAAGAAGAACGUGAUUAAAGAAUGUAAUCCUAAUUAAAAACCUUAAAAUUCAUUAAAGGGCAAUAGGAUUAAAUAGAAUAAUUAGUAAGAAUAUAAAUUAUCCUAGAAAAGACGAUGUUAAGAAUAUUACUGA